UCUGCUGGGAGACGGCAUCUACGCCGAAAGAUCCGCCACCCAGGCGGUGGGGGUGCUGCGGCGACGUGGCGCGAUGAUAGAGCGCCAGCUGGAGGGGUGCCAGGCCAAGGUGGAGGAGCUACGUGGCGAGCUGCGAUUCGCCGAGCAGGCUGGGGCGGAUGCUGAGAUGGAGGCUGCAGAGGCGGUUGCUGCUGCUGCUGCUGGUGAGGGGGAGGAAGGGGAUGAGGAAGAUGAGGAGGAAGAAGAGGAGGAGGACGAUGAGGGAUUUGAGGACGAAUGGGAGGAAGAGGAAGAAGAGGAAGAGAAGGAGGAGGAGAGGAGAAAAGAACGAGAGAGCAAAGUGGACACUAAGCACAAGGUAAUUUCCUUCCCCUCCCCUUUUCGCGAAACGCGAUUUCGUGGCUGACCAACCCCGUAGGGCGUGUCCCACUCGUACAC